CAACGUCAUCUCAUGGAGGUCGCUCGAAGUGCCUUUCACGAUGGCGUCGCGAGAUUCAGAGCAGCAUACUGGCUUGAUGGAUGAUAUUUACGAUGAUCCCUCGCAGCUCUCGCAACUGCUUAGGCAGCGCGCAGGCAAUCCCGACACAUAUCAAGCCUCCGACGCGACGGGUCACAGCCUCUUCAUUAGCCCCAGCAAGCCCGCUGCCAUUGCUGCGUCGGCCAACGAGCGCACCUCAUUCCCAGACAAUCACAAUCAUUCCCCGCAGCGAGUGAAUGAUACGACCGCUUUGACGCGCAACGCACCGUCUAGACGCGCCCCAGCCGAUGUAAACUAUGUCAAACCAAACCUCCCGACACACAACACCGCACCAGCAAGCGAAUCCGCUCUAAAGCCCCGAGAGCGCGUUGACAAGAUGUAUCAGACGUUUAGUGGUGUAAUGGAUGGCCCAGGAGACACUCAGCCAGAUAGCCAAAUAUACAAGGAGUGGACGAGUGGCAUCUAUGGGAGUGCUGUCCACGAAAAUGUCCCUACCCAUGGGUUUGGCCGCGAGGAGCAUGAUCAAGGGGCUGAUUCGCUAUCAGAGCCACAAGAUGCUGUAAACUCCAGCCAGGAACAGCUCAGUCCUACCGUCACCAGCCCUACCAUUGCUCCUGAAGAUGAGAACAUCAAUCAAUUCCAGCAUGAUAGUCUGGCUCCUACAAGUCCUCUCAAGUUCGAAACACCGGCUAUGGCGGGGCGGAAGCGAACCAGUGAUGGGCAGAUGCUCAGCUCUGAUCUACGUACAGUAACGCCUGGUACAACACUGACGGCUGCUGCUUUUUUUGGAGGAGGGAGUGGAGGUAUCAAAGGCAUGGGAAAUGCAAUGUCCCUUACGCAAGUGUUCAAUGCUACUCAAGCCCAUACAUCGCCCAUUGUGGAGGGUGUCAGCGACGACGCUGUAUUCCAGCGACCUUCGCCAAACUUCACGGAUGCUCGCAACUCUAGCCCUGUCCCAGUGUUACCUACGUCGAGCCCGAUCAAGGCAGUCCACCUCGAUCCUCUCCGAUCUUCGAGCGAGCCGCGCGCGGCAUAUGUCACAAUGAAGCAGUCGCAAGACAAGCGAUCUCGUGUUGUUACUACUCGCGAGCACGACCACACAGAACAAGAAAGCUGGGACGAACCAAGCAUUACAGAAAAGAGGGCUCUGGCUCGCUCUGCAAGGCAUAAGCUCGAUAGGGAAACGGGUAAAACAUUCGCACAAGUCACAGCGCCGUCAUCAUCACCACCUCAAGGGCGCCGCAAAUUGCGUUCAAUCCCAUCAGCAGGCAAGCUUUCGAGGUUACGAACUCCUGCGACAUCCCGAAGUUCAAGACGGAAUGCUUAUGACGGACCGUAUGAUUGCGACGAGGUCUCAUCGAAUGAGCCAUCACAACAAAAUGCAGCCACUGUCGCUCGAAUUGAAGCGAAUGCAAUCAAUGAGCUUUCACAAGAUGAACACUCGAGCUCAUUGGGUGGCCCGGAUCUGGGAACAAGAGUCCAGGUACCAAAUACCUCCUCCCACCCCAUUCGAACUCUUUCUGGUCGCUCAACCCGAAAUACACCCCCUGCAAGUCCGUCCCUGCGAUCUGAACGGAACCCACACUCCCGUCCUGUGAAUGCCUCCCGCGAUGUUCCACCUGGCUCACCAGAAAAGAGUAGCAAAGAAACAGAAACCAUUAUGGAUUCACAGCCAGACUCUCGGUUAUACGCACAACCCACCUCUCGACCCAAAUCGCUACUGCCACCUUCUUCGCCCUCCACAAAUCAGUACAGCAUCGACCAGACGACUCUGGCUAGAAACACAGGAUACACAAGCCGGGUUGUUUCCUCGUCCGUGCUCUCCAUGCCGCCAAAAUCAAGCACGCAAAGUGCGGGAAAUACCACAGACGCUCCUCCUGAUAAUGUAGACAACGACGAUCGUGUUCCAAGCAGUCCUCCAGCUAUGUCUGUUGACGAAGUCGUGUACGACGAGCAUGACUAUGGUGAACAUCAAUCUGCAGGCGAAGAUGAAGUUGAUGUGAGGUCAGGUGAUUCCGAUACAGCAGACGAGGAUGAAGACCUCCCUCAAGUUGGGCAUAAUGUUAUUGUCGACGAAGACCAAAGUCUACGGGAACCGUCUGUUGGUAGUGAUGCCAUCCCUGAGUCAGAAAGCGUAGUCGAUGAGGGUUCUGGCAUGAAUGUAGACCACCCUGACGAGGCGAAUGUCAACAAAAGGCAUGAUGAUGGCCAUGGGAGGUCGGAUGAGCCGAGUUGCUCAAGUCCAACAACCAAAGGUCUCAGCAGCCCCAUGCACCAGCAGGAUCAGCCUCCUUCCCGGAUGCACCGACAAUCUACAAUCCCGGAAUCUGAUGUCAUGGAAGACCAGCAAGGACACAAACUCGAACAAACUGUAGCUGCCGUGGAUAUACAAAAUGAUCAAGUCAGAGAGUCGACAGCUACUGGUGACAGCGUUUCCCGCCAGACUAAUAGCACGGAGAAUUUCCACACUGCUCAUGAAAACCAAUCAAUUACGCGAACCGGGGUUUCGGGCAGCAAUACGAUUGACACGAAUCGAGAUGAGGGUAAACAAGGUCGGAAAUUGCGCUCCCUCUCUGACAUUGCGAACCAGGCUAGCACGCAGCAGUCCAACAUAGGUGACGUCGAAAUCCCGACAUUGAGCGGUUUAAGCUUUUCGGAAGACAUUGGUGAUAAGAACGAGGUAUCUUCGGCUGAGCCUUCGUUCAUGCAAGAACCUGUGGUGAAGAAACGAAAAAUUACCUACAAAUCGAAGGCAACCCGCAUAUCCCCUUCGAAAAAUGACAGGCAAGAGUCCCAAGAUGCACAUUCUCUAGAGAGACCGGAACCUCAAGUACACAAUGUUACGGAGCCAGAUGAAGUAAGCGCCAUCCAACAUGAUAGUCCUGCAAAAGAUGCGUCGAGGGAGGGCGCAUUAAAGCCAGCCAAGAAGACAACGAUGAAACCUCCCGCAAAAGAAGUUCUUUCGCGCGCAUCUCCCAGGAAUCGGGCGCCAAAGAAGUCUUCCGAGCGAGCGCGGACCAUUCCAGAGACACCAAAGACCGAUGCGCCUGCUUCACGAUUCAAGGAAGGCGAAGAGCAAGCAGCCCCUAUAGAAGAGACAACCAACCAGAACGAAGAGGAAGAACCCUCCGGUGACAUAUUGGUACCAAACAGAGUCAUCGCAUACUGGCCGAGUAUGGGAUUCUAUCCUGCUACUUGCCUGGGUGCAUACGAUUCUCGCCAUCUCAAAAUCCGUUACGAUGACGGUACCCUAAAUUCACUAGAAGCCAUCCAAGUUCGAACUAUGCAAUUAAGAGUUGGAGAUCAAGUCAAGGUGGAUGUUCCGGGUAUAAGAAAGAACAUCUACGUUGUCGCUGGCUUCAAGGAUAAACUUGAUACUGAGAGCCUAGGAGAUUUUCCGUUGACUGACCAGUAUGGCCAUUUGACCAUCGUACUCAAGCUGAAGCAAUCUAGUACGGAAGAACCUAUAUCAGUGCCCAUGGAAAAGAUGUAUCUUACAAACCAGUUAUGGGGGAAAUUCGGGGAUCGACUAUACACAUUUGCCGCCUCGCGCUCUUCUACACCAUCAGCUUCACGCGUUGGGACCCCAGCUGCUACUGUCGAGGAGCCAAUCACGCCGUCUUUGCUGCGGAGGAGUCAUACCGGCCUGUCUUUGCUUAAGGAGCUGCCCACCAGGGCUAUGUCAGUUUCAUCAUCUAAUCGUUCAAGUUCGGUAUUUGCAAACAUGGCGUUCGCAACGACAUCUACCCAAGAUUCAUCUGGGGACUACAGAAAUGGACUCGCUACCUUGAUUACCAACAAUGGCGGUCAAAUACUUGAAGAAGGUUUUCAUGAACUCUUCACUGCAACUGAUAGCUCCGGGGAGCCUUCGGCCACAAACAAACAACAAGCAGCUUCAUCGAGCUGGGAUGGCCUGCUCGUCAAGGAGGAAUACAAAGGACUACGUCUUGUCGCUCUAAUCACAGAUUCACAUUGUCGAUCCACAAAAUUCAUUCAAGCCCUGGCACUCAAUGUCCCCUGUCUCCACGAUCGUUGGUUGACUGAUUCUAUCAAGGCAGGCAUGCCUCUCAAUUUCAGCAGGUAUCUUCUGCCGGCGGGCACGUCGAUAUACUUGCAAGGCGCAGUUCGCUCAAGGAUAAUGCCUUUGUAUGACCCCGCAAGCGAAGAGGCGUCACUCUCGAAGAUGGUGCAAGAGCGCGAGCUUCUCCUAAAGGGUCAGAACAUCUUGUUGGUGACGGGCAAAUCGAAGAGGGAGGCGGAACGAAAGAAGCCCUUUAUCUUCCUGACCUAUGCGCUUAGUCCAAAAGUUGUCGGGAGGUGUACUGAUAUCGCCAGCGCAGUAGAACUGCUACAAGACGGUAGAUGGGAUUGGAUCUAUGUCGAUGGAGGCAAGGCUGGAGUAGACGAAACCGCUGCCACUCUUUUCGGUGACAAGAAUCAGCGCCGCGUUGACGGCGCCACUGCUCCCAAAACGAAACAAGGGAAGAAGAGAAAGCAGAGCGCGAGCAACGACCGUGAUGACAAAGGCAAAGACAGUACAGAUUCUCUUAUCCGCAAGGGUGAAGUCGGAGGGAGAACAAUCCGCAUCGUGUGCGAUGAAUUCAUCGUGCAAAGUCUAAUCCUCGGCGCGUUGGCGGAGGAGUGACGAUAAUAGCCCGAAUGGUUUCGCGUUGCUACUUUUCAGCAUACUUGGAUGAGCACCGCCAUCAGAAGCGGUCAUUUUUAAAACAUACCUGUGGCUGACAGGCAGCCAUACAUGUUCAAUUUUUGGAACUUGUUGGACUUAAAGCGCGUGUUGCCGUAGACUUCUUUAUAAGUUCUUGGAUACCCAAAUAGUGUAAUUUACAAUUCGAAGAUCG